CUUUUUAUGGUUCAAAAAAUACCCUUUUGUAUUCACAAAACAAAUUUGCUCGAAUCUUCUACUCACACUUGUUCUGUUUUCCCUGCCUCUCGUUUUCGUUCUCUCUUUAUUUUCAUCAGUUUCUUCUCUUCAAUUUUCAUGAAAACUUACUGAAACUUCAUAAAAACAAUCAUGAAUUCUACUGCAAUUAAACCAUCUUCAUCUACAUUUUUUAAUCAAAAGCUUUUUAAUCCCAACAAUAAUCCUUAUCAAAGAGCAGUUUCCUUUUUUUCCUUAUCAAUUUUUAAGCCAAAACCCAGAAAAAAAUCACUAUACAUAUCAUGUAAACUUCCAAUUAAUUCACCUCAUAACAAUUUCAAUACCUUCAAUCAUUCACUACCCUUAAAUCCCUUUUCAUUAUUAGCUCCAAUUUUGCAAAACAUAAGAAAUUUCACUGCAAAAACAGCAAAAUUUAGGUGGGUUUCUUAUUUAAAAGACCCAGCAAUAGAUGAAAUUAUUGGUUGUAAUAAUAAUAAUAACAACAAAAAGAUUCAAUUUUUACACAAUGGUGGACUUGGGAUGGCACUUUUAACGGUACAAUCAACGGCUAGGGACCGUUUUAGCCCGGUAAUGGCAACUUUGGCGGCAAAUCCAACGUUUGUUAGUGGAUUAUUGGCAUGGUUUUUGGCUCAAUCAACUAAAGUUUUGUUGAAUUUUUAUGUUGAGAGAAAAUGGGAUUUGAGGUUUUUUUGUGCUUCAGGUGGUAUGCCUUCUUCUCACUCUGCUUUGUGUACUGCAAUGACAACUUCAGUGGCACUUUGUCAUGGUGUUGCUGAUGCUUUGUUCCCAGUUUGUUUGGGGUUUAGCCUUAUUGUUAUGUAUGAUGCUACUGGUGUCAGGAGACAUGCUGGUAUGCAAGCUAAGGUUCUGAACAAGAUCAUCGAGGAUUUAUUUCAAGGUCAUCCCAUCAGUGAAAGAAAGCUUAAAGAACUUCUCGGCCAUACUCCGUCACAGGUCAUUGCUGGAGCUUUUCUUGGAAUUGCGGUGGCGUGUUUUUGUUGUCAGAGUUGUUUGAUUCCGAUUUAAUCUGCUCGUGUUGCUACUGAUCAAAACCAGUCUCCCCCAGCUUGCAACUUCUGGUUGCUGGAAGAGCUUUGAAACAGCAAUAUCAUUGUAGUGAUGAUAUUAGGAGUUAAUCGUUAUGUGCCAUAAUCAUCAUUAUAUAUGUUCAUUGAGGAGGAAGCUAUUGGGUAUAUAGUUCGAAUUUUGAAAGUAAGCCAUCUUGAUUCAACUGUUGUAAUUUGAACAAGAAUGAUUAGUGAAUGGGAUGAAUUGUAUAUUGCUAUUCAGUA